AUGGCUGAAUGGAACGCUGGGCUGGCCGUGGUCGCAGAGCCAUACAGAAUUGCUGAUAACCCAAAUUGGAUAGGAGACAGAGGGGGCCUGGUGGCAAUUGUUCAUAGACCUAUCCCAGUAGCUCCCCAAGCUAGGGUCCUAAAACGCGGCCGAGGCUACGUAGCGGCAGUUUGGGGGAAUUUAGCGAUAAUUGGAGUAUACGCUCCCCCCAGCUGGCCGUUAUCAUCUUUUAAUAGGUUAUUGGAUGAAAUAAGCGCAAGUAUCACAUCCUCCCCAACGCAGGCUAUAUUAGUGCUUGGAGAUUUCAAUGCAAAGAACACCCUUUGGGGCGCCACCAAGCUGGACGCCAGGGGCAGCGCUACCGCAGAAUGGGCAGCGGGCCAGGACCUACGACUGCUCAACACAGGAGAUACUAGUACCUGUAUCCGCUGGCAGGGAGAGUCAAUAGUGGACAUCUCGUGGGCUACUCCUGCGGCGCUAGCGCACAUACGAGACUGGAAGGUCAUGGAAGACGCCGAGACCUUGAGCGAUCACCUUUAUAUUAAGAUACGCCUCCGUCUUCCUGAAACCGGAAACGACGGCUAUAUAACAGGCAGAUCCCAACGCCCCUGUCCGUGCGUAUCCAAGCAACUGACAAACCCUAGAUGGGCUUUAAAGAAGUUAGACAUGGACCUACUUAUGGCCGCAGCGGCUGCGAAGUCUUGGCCUGCCAUUCCUGAAUCAAUCGACCCGGCUACCGAAGCCGAAUGGUUCCGCCAAGCAUUGACAGAAAUCUGCGACACUGCCAUGCCGCGCUGUAGAACAAUGCCAGUCUACUGGUGGUCUGCGGACAUCAAGGAGGCACGAAGGCCCGUCGGCAGUUCCAACGAGCUCGAAGAAGGAAAAAGAGAAGCCCCACCAUAG